AUGCCACUUCGCGCCUUUGAGUUUGGCCCCUUGAUAAAUCAGGCGCGUCCCCUUCCGCAAUCCAACCAAACGUUCAUCAACGCGAUCAAUCAGUUUGCCCCACGCGUACUACGUAUCAUGUGGAUACCUCGUUCAUUCACGCGACCCAUGCCCAUAAUGAGAGGUCCAGCCCCUCCGACGUACCCUCCUACUCCGCCGUCCCAGGGAACAAAGAGAAAGGCCAGUGAUGCUGCUCCGACAAGCGAGAACAACGAACUAUCCCAAACGCUUCCUCCUUCACCCAAACGGACUCAACGCGAAGCAUCAUUUCUCAGUAUCUCAUCCGACGGCCAUGAGUACGACCCCCACCAACAUGAUGAAUUGGCACCCCAACGUCUACUCGACACCAUUAUUCACGCUCGACGCAAUGUCUUUUUUACUGGCUCAGCUGGAAGCGGUAAAUCGACGGUUCUCAAGACCGCUAUCCGCCGGUUGACGGAAAUGGGGAAGACAGUUAGAAUCUGCGCACCUACUGGCCGUGCAGCUGUGCCACUCGGCGGCACGACUGCCUACUCUUUCAUGGGAUGGUCACCGGAUUUGAUCCGAAAAGGGAUAGCCGCGCUUCGGGAAAUUACUUGGAAGAACAAGACAGCCCGCAAGCGGAUCAGAAAAACAGAGGUACUGAUCAUUGACGAAGUUAGCAUGGUUAGCAGUAAUUUCUUGAACUGUAUGAAUGAGUGCUUGAAGCGUGUGAGAGAGGACAAGCGACAAUUGCCCUUCGGCGGCAUUCAGGUCAUCGUCACUGGGGACUUUUGCCAACUAGCCCCUGUCAAACCUUUUCAGUUCUGCUAUGUUUGCGGUGUCCCGACCAAGUUCAACAAGUCUGAUGGCCUGCAUACUUGUAUCAAGUCCAGGGAACACGGGCCAUGGGCUGACGAGGACAAAUGGGCCUUCAGAAGCAAUGCUUGGGCCGAGGCCAACUUUACCUGUUUCAACUUGACAGACAUCCAUUGUCAGAACGACCCCUCUUUCAUCAAACUCCUACAGAAAUGCCGGCUUGGGAUCCCCUUUACUGAAAACGAUAUAGACCUCCUCAUGAAUCACGACUGUGAAGUUGAAAAUGCGCCACAGCUCCUUUGCACCAGGGAAGAGCGGUAUACGGUCCUUGAUGGCUUCAAGUGGAAUCAGAAACUGAAAUGGGAGAAGGACAAGUAUAGUGCAAGCCUUGAAGACGGAACAUUGGUUGUGCACAAGGAACAUCAACUCGACCCGGUCGUCAACCUCAAGCAAACAAUGCAAGUCAUGCUCCAAGUAAACCUCGACAUCAGAGAUGGGCUUGUCAACGGAAGUCAAGGCGUUGUUUGCGGCUGGGAGAAGAUUGACCUGGCGAAACUGCCGGUGCUCCAAGGAGAGUACUCGAACGAAAGGGAAGGCCUUGUUCGAGCCUUUACUACAAAGUACAUACAGCUUCACCCCGACAAGAGAGAUCACGUCUGGCCACGCGUGCGCUUCAGCAAUGGGCGCGUCCGCACGAUCUAUCCCUGGUGUGUGAUCACUCCCGUUGGUGAAUUCAGGCCUUAUUCCCUCCUGCAACGAACACAGAUUCCGCUUAUACCUGGUUGGGCUAUCACCAUCCACAAGAGCCAGGGAAUGACUCUCGAACGCGUCAUCGUCAAUCUGAGUAGGGCUUUUGCAGAGGGGCAGGUCUACGUUGCGCUAUCGAGAGCGACAUGUCUCCGAGGUCUGAGGGUUGAAGGCGAAGCGCGGGGAAUAACCGUGGGGGAGGGAGGGAACGAGGAGGUCCGUCAGUUUCUUGCAGACACUUUUGGUACUGAGACUUUUGAAGGGCUUGAGGAUGAGGAACAUGAAGAAUCUAAGAGGCACAAAGAGUUGCGCGCCCAAAGCGAAGUCUUCGCCUCAACAACCCAAGUCGAACAAGAAUACGAUGGCAAACUUUCUAGCUAUGGGAAAGCAGAAGCCAUCAUAGACUCUGCAGCAAAGGCCACAGCAGAUACCAGCUCAGAAGCCGCCGCAGAAGUCACCGCCUCCGAAGCCACAGCACAAGCUAUCGCAGGAGCCAUCGCAGACACCAUCGCAAGUAUCAACGCAGACCCCACAGAAAAGGCCACAGCAGAUCCAACGGGAGAUCCUACUGCAAAAGACACGGCAGCAGGCCUCACAGCGGAUUUCACGGCAGAUUCCACGGCAGGUCCCACAGCUGCUACAGCAAAGGCCACAUCAGAUCUCACAGCAAAGUUCACACGAGACGCCACAGCAAUGGACACAGCAGAUUCCGCAGCAGACCCGACAGUUGCUACAAGAGAUCCUACAGGAGUACCCACAGGAUAUGCAUCCGCACAUCCUACAGCAGAUCCUACAGAAGAGUCUAUCGCAGAUGCCACAGCAAAGGACACAGCCAAGGACGCAGCCAAGCCGAUGCCCUUACUUCCAUCUAAUCCCUCGACAAGUGGUCCCGCCGACAAUGAGAACGACUUCUUGGAGGUCGACCUGGCAUCCGAGGUAGACCUGGUGCCUGAGCCAACCCUAUGCAAAGAGCAGCAGGACCUUCUCGAUCUCAUCAUGUCAGGAAGAAACGUCUUCUUCACUGGCUCAGCAGGAUGCGGCAAGUCCACAGUUCUGAAAGCAGCAGUCAAGAAGCUUCGAGCGGCAAGCAAAAUCGUUCACAUCACCGCGCCUACCGGUCGAGCCGCCCUUGGAGUCAAUGGCGUGACUACCUGGUCCUACAUGGGUUGGAUAAUUGACAGUAUGAAGUCCCCCCUGUCUGAGCUCAAAAGUGAUUCGCAUCGCAAAACUGUUAAGGCGCGUCUCACGGAGACUCAUGUUCUUGUCAUCGAUGAGAUCAGUAUGGUCGAAAACCACCACUUCCAGCGCAUGAACGAAUGCCUCAACAGUGCACGAUGCUGGUCACAACAACACAGCGACUACUGGCCAAACGCUCCAGCAUUUGGCGGUGUCCAACUUCUUGUCACCGGCGAUUUUUGUCAGUUACCUCCAGUCAAGCCUUUCGGACACUGCAUGCGUUGUGGCUCACCUACAAUUCCGGAUACAAAGCGGAACCCGACUGAGUGGAACUGUAGCGGGAGGUUUAACUGCGGUCCGUUUUAUGUCGAGGACCAGUGGGCCUUCAGGAGCGAUGCCUGGGAAGAAGCUAAUUUCUCUCAUGUUCACCUGAAAGAGAUUCAUCGUCAGUCAGAUCAGUCUUUUGUGAAAAUGCUUCAGAAGUGUCGACUCGGCAUACCGUUUUCCAAAGAAGAAGGGAAGAUGCUGCUCAAACAAAACCCAGAUGAUCCGAAGUUUCAGAACGUGACAAAGCUUUUUGCCUACAAGAAUGCCGUACAGGAAGAGAACAGAAAAAGUUUCGACCUUUUGCCUGGAAGAAGUACCAUCUAUGAAGCCAUUGACGGCUUCGAUUGGAGACCACAUCAUACAGAACUCGAACAUUACAAGCAAAAUGCACGACCGGAUAAAUAUUCAGAUAUCCUGUUUGUGAAGGAGACAAAAGAACAGUGCAAAGACAGUCCAUUAGAUGCCUACGUCGAGAUGAAAAUCAAUGCACUGGUCAUGCUCAAGAUCAACCUUGAUACAGAGAAAGGCCUCGUCAACGGAAGUCAAGGCAUCGUCGUCGGAUGGGAACCCCACGACCCUGCCAAGCUCCCAAACACGAAAAAGAACACUCUCUUGAAUAUAGAUGUCCUUGCCGGGCAUCAUGCCCACUGGCGAGCGAAUCUGAUCCGGGAGUACGCAGAGAGGCGCGGUAUUAGGCAAUGGCCGAUCGUUCGGUUCAACAACGGUAUUACACCCACGAUCUAUCCAUGGGUAUUAGUCAACACGCUCGGGGCAACAGAGCCUUACUCGAUACUAUAUAGAACACAGCUCCCGCUGGUUCUGGCGUGGGCUGUCAGUAUCCACAAGUCUCGGGGUAUGACGCUGACUCACGUCACGACGGAUCUUUCGCAAGCAUGGGAGCAGCCGUUGAAGUAUGUUGCGUUGUCGCGCGUGACGAGCCUUGACGGUCUUGCCAUCCUCAAGCCUGGGGGGAGGAAGAAGCGUGUAAGCCGCAAGGAGUCAUUGAAUGUGAUAGAAUCGUCAUCCCACGAAGUGAGGGAGUUUCUUGAGGACAAGUUUGGGAGAGAUCUGUUCACAGAGCUGGAAGGGAACAGAUGA